AAACAUUACCUGGGACUUGUCCCCCUCCCUCCUCAUGCCGCUCCUCGGCUUCUCCUAUAACUGUGGCUAUGCUCUCCGGCAAGGACCAUUCAGUCACACACUCGCACACACUCAGCUGCUGCCUGCUGCUUGCUUGCUCUUGGCCAUGCCCAUGGAGAUGGAGAGAGUUUGCAAGAGACGGCCGGGCAUGCCUCCUGCUCUCCUUCUCGCCCUUCAUGGCGUGGAUGAGCAGCAUAUGCCCGCACCAUCGGUGCCUCCGCCGCAGACCCCCAUGGAGCCCAUGGAGUACCUGUCCAGGUCCUGGAGCGUCUCCGCCGACGAGAUAUCCAAGGCCCUGCUGCUCAAAGGGGCCACCAAGCGGAGCUUCUUCGCCCCCGCCGACAGCCUUCUUCCGGCCACCAUACUGGACACAGAGACCUCCUCCUACGAGCUCCUCGCCGCUUCCGGUCAACAGCUCCAGCGCCAGCAACAUCUAGAUCAUGUAACAGGGAGGAGCUCCAUCAGCUGCCACCGCCACUCAAACUCGGUGACCAGAUGGUACUUCCAGCACAAGGAGACCGCCAGGCACGGCAGGAAGGAGAAGGCGCGCGCCGACCGGGCCCAGGCGCACGCCAUGGUCUCCGUGGCCCAGGUGUCCGCCGCGGUGGCAGCCGUCACUGCGGCGACCAGCCGGGACAACCAGGACUCCAAGAUAGCUGCAGCCAUGGCGUCUGCCACCAAGUUGCUGGCUUCGCACUGUGCUGAGGCAGCCCAGCUUGCAGGGGCAGGUCAUGAGCAGGUGUCCUCUGCUGUCCGGUCUGCGGUCGGUGUCGCGGGCCCGGGUGAUCUGAUGACGCUCACAGCGGCCGCGGCGACAGCUUUGAGAGGAGCUGCGACGCUGAAGAAGAGGGUCCAGCGCGAGGCGAGAAGCAAUGCCACUGUCAUUCCUUAUGAGAAGGCCCCUUUGUCCUCGAGUCCUGAUAUCUGGUGCAAGGAAGGCAAGCUGCUAAAACGCACAAGAAAAGGGGAUUUACACAAGAGACGGGUGUCAAUCUACAUUAACAAGAGGUCACAGGUCAUACUGAAGCUGAAGAGCAAACACAUUGGAGGUGCGCUUUCAAAAAACAACAAAAGUGUCGUUUACGGGGUAUACAGUGAGCUCCCAGAGUGGACUGAGCCAGGGAAAUGUUUACCAGAGACAUGCUGCUUUGGCUUGAGUACAGCACAGGGCCUGAUUGAGUUCAAGUGUGAGAGCAGCACCAGUAAACAGAGCUGGGUUCAUGGCGUGCAAAAUCUGCUCCAGCAGGUCGAUGUAGCUGAACAAGUAGGGCACAGGCUAGAAACACUAAAACUCAACUGGUGCAGUUAGGGUUAGUACAUGAACCCAAAUUUGCAGGACAGUCAAAGCAUGUUUUGGGCAGGUGGUAUGUAACAGUAACACUGCUUGAUUAUUCUCAUAAGUUCAACCCAGGUUAAGAUA